AUGUUGGAAAAGCUUCGACGAAAAUAAGGUUUGAAAAGCCUGGGUUAAAGUUGUUUAAGUUCACAGCAUCAACCUUGGCCAAGGUGGUGGCUCCAGGUCUGUCUGUGAGCGGCCUGCUGGAGUUUACUCCAGAGGAAGAGGAGGAGGUCAGAGACUGCCUUCUGAUUCAUAUAGAUGAUGUAGAAACAAUCAAAAUUCCACUGAUGUGGUUUCCCAGGGUUUUUUCCUUCCAAAUGGACUCAGUGCUAGACUUUGGGUGUAUUGCUGCAAGCAGUCGGUUGAUCAGCAAACAGCACCAAAUAACCAAUCAGGGAUCAGCACCUGGUGUGUUCCAGGUUCAGUACAGUGGAGACGCCUCAGUCAAACUCUCACCCUGCAGUGGAGUCAUAGCAGCUGGUGCCACCCAGUGGCUUAAAGUGGAGCUGCGCACAGACAGACCAAGGCACAUUGAUGAAAAGGCUAUGGUGAAACUGGAGAAUUGCUCUGCUGUAGUUCUCAACAUAAAGGCUGAGGUGGUGGAACAGCAUCUUGAGGUUUUUGACCAAAAGGGCAAUCCACUCUCUUGUCUGUGGUUUGGACCUGUAUACUUUGGAACGUCCCAUGUGGAGAAUGUGGUUCUGAGAAAUAAUGCGCCCGAGGCAUGUGACUGGGUCUGCCUGCUGCAGGAUACGGCUGCUGGGAUUGAGGUGGGAACAGACCUCCAGAAGAGCACAGACGCCGCCCUGCUGGAGAGAAUGCAGAAGAGCAGUUCAGCCACCCGUGACGUCUCUCAGGUCUUGGUGUGUGUUCCCAAACAGGGCCGACUGGGACCGUAUGGAAAAACCACUGUGUCAGUGUGCUUCAGCCCUCAAUGCAAGAGCAGACGGGAAGAGAAGAAGCUUGAUUACUGGACCAGCAGACAAGACUACUGUCUCUUCCUGCUGUUUGAGUCAUUAGGAAGCAGAUAUGGCUUCGUUCACCAUGAUGGUAAAAGCAGUGUGGAGCUGGCAGUGACAGGCUCUGGACUGCCUGUGUGUUUGGUGCCCAGUCCCUCUCAUAGAUAUGAUUUCCUCACUUGUGUGCUGGGUCAACGUGUGGACCUGCUGUGUGUGCUUCAGAACCUCUGUCCUCAACUUCCUGUCAAUUUCCGCUUCCAAAAGUGUGCACAUUUCUCCACCAAGCCCUCUUCUGGGACUAUUGCUCCUGGACAAUGCCAGGAUGUGGUCUUAUCUUUCACUGCACGGCAGCAAGGGAGCUUUCAGGUGUGUCAGAAGCUAGAUGUCUUGGGUCCUGCUGUUCAGAGAGAAGGCAUCACUGCUGAUUCUGUUCAUGAACUUGAGCUUCACAGCUUCCACACAAUUACUCUAAACCUGUCCGCUGUCUGCUGCAAUGAGACCACACAGCCUGUCCCUCAUCUGAAUCCUGGCAUCACUCCAGCAGUGACUAAUCCAACUGGAUCACUCCCUCACGUUCGGUCAAGUGACCUGGCUCGCUGUCGUGAGAUGGUGCCGAAUGCUGUCCUCAGCGCCGGCAAAACACUACUCCAUGAACAUCGCAGGCAGAGGAGUCAAAACACAGGGGCUGAGGAGUUCCUGGCCUUUCCUAAUGACCGAGCCAUGAGUAUCAGGCCUGCCUCUACACACCAACAGUACAGGACCAUCUUCACUGGUGUACACCGCUAUAGCUAUGUGGACACCAACUAUGCCUUUACUGAUGAAGAGGAGAAGCAGAGGCAGCGGCAGCGACAGAUUUACAGCGACUUCAUCGUACAGCUCAGACAUACACGCCUACAGAAACAAAAAGAGAGACAGCUGGAAAAAGGGGUGGAAGAUGUGGACAUGUGCAUUGUUCCCUCUCAAGGGCUUGAUCCACCUUCAGUCCGCAUCAGCGACCUGGAGAGCAGUAAUAUCUCAGAGACCAAGCCAAACUAUCGCCAAGCUUCCUCAGCAGAUAAACACAGCUCCAACCAAGACAUGACAUCUAUCACCCGGCAGGUUAACAGUCAGGCAGUGAGUGCAGUUCCCUCUACCAGCCAGGAGGUGGCAGACUGCAACAGGACUCUGACAGCUCAGGAGCUUUUCCAAGUUUGCCUAGCACUCUACACCAUAACUCCUCCCAACAGCACACACCACCCCACCCCCCCCCCCACACUACCACCACGAACGCACAACUGUCACGCAAGCACCGGGGCAAACAACCACGCGUCCAACCUUUCUACUACAAUCAACGUCGGUGGCAACGCCCUCAACACCGGAGCGCUGCAGGAAUGCUUCAGCAGGAACGCAGCUGAACAGAUGUGA